AUGGAUCUCCAGAAGUACGACAACUUAGCCGGCGGACGUGGGGUCAUCAAAGUGUUGCAGCUUAUGGGUCUUUGGCGCUAUGAGGGAGCCAUAAAUACGCCCUAUACCCUCUACUCGUUACUGCUGCAUUUCACCUUGACCAUCCCUUACACGAUUAUGAUGUGCAUGGAUGUGUUUCAUGCUUCGGAUCUGGAGAAAUUCAGCAACACCAUGUACAUGACACUCACCGAGUUGGCAUUACUAGCGAAGCUGGUUAAUGUCUGGUACUAUGGCCAACUGUUGGUAGACUUCUUUGCGGCACUCACGAAGGAUGCUUUGUUCCAGCAGCUGAGCAUAGAGGAACAACUGAGUUGGGCACGUGAACAAAGGCAUUACGGUUGGAUCGCACUAUUGUACUUCGCCAUGGCACUGACUGCAGUGAGUACAGCUUUUGUGGGAGUGCUGAUCAGCGCCAACUAUGAGCUGCCAUUUCCAUAUGCGCCGCCAUUCGAUUGGCGCACGGAGCGUGGUUAUUGGUAUGCUUACUGCUAUGAAUUGCUGGCAAUGCCGAUAACCUGUUUGUCGAAUUGUGCUUUCGAUAUGAUACAGUGCUAUAUGUUGGUGCAAUUAUCGUUGUGUUUUAAAUUGAUUUGCGGACGCUUGGAACGAAUGGGUGAGGUGCGCGUGGAAAGCAGCGCGUCGAAUGGAUUUAGUGAGGAGAAGUUUUAUGCGGAUUUUGUUGGAGCUGUGGCGUUGCAUGUGCGUACCAGAGAACUUUCGCAGCAGUGUGAGAAGUACGUCUCAUUUCCCUUUCUCAUACAAAUUUUUUGCUCAUCCUUCGUACUGUGCUUCAGCGCCUAUCGCUUACAAAAGGUUCAUAUGUUGGAGAAUCCAUCGCAGUUCUUAACGCUCCUUGAAGCAGUUCUCAUUAUGGUUUUGCAGAUUUUCAUUCCUUGUUUUUACGGUAAUGAGAUCAUAACGUAUUCCAGCGAUUUGAAUAAUGCUAUCUACAGCUCCAACUGGACUCAAUGUUCGCCUCGAAUACGCAAAUAUUUGGUAAUUUACAUGGAAAUGCUGCAGCGCCCGGUGCGUGUGCGAGCUGGGAACUUUUUCGAUAUCAGUUUGGUCGUCUUUUCAAAGACUAUGAACAAUACCUACAGUUUGGUGGCUCUCUUGUUGAAUAUGAACAAAUGA